AUCUUCACUUGAGCGUAAUGUUGGUUUUUGGCUUCUUUCCGUUUUUGCCGUUUCCAUUACGUCCCCUUCACUAGUCACCCCGAUGAUAAUCAAUACAAAUACAUUAACUGCAACGGCAACAACAAUAAAUCAACCAAAAGCUCGAUCGCAUUUGGCUUCAAAGUUGAUAUUUCAAAGUCCAAGCAUGGAUAAUAUACUUAAGGAGUUCAUAGUUUCGUCGAAACCUCUACAACUACGCAAAUACUCAAAUCGUCCUAAGAUUAAGAAAAGCAAGAAGGAUUCACGUAUCUAUUUUAUAGCAAUACCGCCAUUACCAUAUCGAUUUGUACCUGGUCGAGGGUACGAUUAUCAACCUUUGAAAAUAAAGCCCUUAUUAUUGGAUACAAGAUUCAGCAAUAAAAUUAUGGGCGAUAAAAACACUUUACCGACGAAUUUCCUUCAAUUUGAGAAAUCUCAGCAGUCGACUACAAAUGUGAAAGCGUCGCAGAAAUCUUAUCGAAUCGAAACGGCAACGUCGCCAGUAUCGGCUACUGCUAAGAAACCCGCCGAAAGUAAAAUCUAUAACCUAGAUCGUGCGGACUAUCAUUUCAAUGGGCGGCCUACGAGACUGCAAGCCGUCCAUGCAGCAGCCAAGUUUAAAUUGAAGCCAGAAAAGCUCAAAGCAAACUUAUUUGUAGAUAAAAAUGUAAUUUACUGA